AUGGAGUCGAGUGUAAAUCAUCAUCAGAGUCUGGUCAAACUUUUGGGAUAUUGCUGCGAAGAUAGUCUGUUGGGUGUUGUUUAUGACCUUAAACCAGUGGAUACAGUGCACAACCUCAUUGAUAAAGAUGGAUUUUCCUGGCUCCACAGAAUCAAGGUGGCAAUUGAUAUUGCACGUUUGCUCGAGUUUUUGCAUUAUCAUCAUAAACCGCAAUACCUAGUUCGCAAUAUUAGUCCUACAGAUAUAAUGCUUGAUCAGGAUUACAAUCCAGUACUAUUCGACUUUGGUAUUCUAGUUGGUGGGGUUCUUGGUGACGAGCAACCAAUUGCAAAUAAGUUCGUGCUUGGAGCGCCAGGCUAUGGUGAUCCCAACGUUAUGAAUUUCUGCAUGUCAACUUAA